UUCCGGGUCAGACUGUUCGCAGCCUCGAGAUGGGGAAGAUGGCGGCGGCAGUGGCUUCGUUUGCCACGCUGGCGACAGAGCCGCGAGAGGACGCCUUCCGGAAACUUUUCCGCUUCUACCGGCAGAGCCGGCGCGGGACGGCGGACCUGGGAGCGGUCAUCGACUUCUCGACGGCACACGAAGCCCCAGGCCCGAGGCCCGGCGUGCCCAAGGUGGUCAGAUUUCAUCUGAAUGUGUCCUCAGUGACUGAGCAGGAUGCCUGUAGAGCAGGUCUUCAGCCUGUGAGCAAGUGGCAGGCCUACGGACUCGAAGGCUAUCCUGGAUUUAUUUUCAUCCCAAACCCAUUCCUCCCAGGAUGCCAGCGGCACUGGAUAAAACAGUGCCUUAAGUUGUACUCCCAGAAACCUAAUAUAUGUAAUCUGGACAAGCACAUGCCUAAAGAAGAGACCCAGAGUGUGUGGGAACAGAGCAAAGAGUUCCUCAGAAAGGAGUGCGGACAAAGAAGCAUCCGACCUCUGCAGAUGUGCACAGCCCAGAAGCCCGACUCUAGUGGCCGGUUUGUUCUAGCAGAGUAUCAUUGUUUAUUUUUCUUGUUUUUUCUACUUUUACCAAAGAAAUACUCAGCAGAUCAUUAUACACCUUUCCCUUCUGACCUGGCUUUCCUCUCAGAGCAAGUUGCCGCUGCCUGUGGAUUUCAGGGGUUCCAAGCAGAAGCAGGUAUCCUGAAUUACUACCGCCUAGACUCUACACUGGGGAUCCAUGUGGACAGAUCCGAACUAGAUCACUCCAAACCAUUGCUGUCCUUCAGCUUUGGACAGUCGGCCAUCUUUCUUCUGGGUGGCCUCAAGAGAGAUGAGGCCCCUACAGCCAUGUUUAUGCACAGUGGUGACAUCAUGGUAAUGUCGGGUUUCAGCCGCCUGUUAAAUCAUGCGGUCCCUCGAGUCCUUCCCCAUCAGGAUGGGGAAUGCCUGCCUCGCUGCCUGGAGACACCUCUCCCAGCUGUCCUCCCGACCGAUUCGCUGCUUGAGCCCUGCUCUCUGGAGGACUGGCAGGUGUGUGCUGCCUAUUUGAAUACUGCUCGAGUUAAUAUGACUGUCAGACAGGUACUGGCCACAGGCCAGGACUUCCCUUUGGAACCCAUGAAGGAGACAAAAAGAGACAUUACUACAGGUGAUUUGUGCCAUCUGGAUGAGCAGAGUAACCCGAUAAAACGGGCAAUGCUAAAUCUUGACAGCUAAGACUUAGAGGUUAGCUCCUGUUGCCAUGUGCUCUAGCCCCAAGGCAAGCCACACACAAGCGGGGAAGAAGUCAUCCGCAAUGCUGCUGCCUGGACACUUAGAGAGUAAACUGAUUACAGUUGGCUCAGAGAAGUGUUUGACUAAGUCCAGUCCCGGUAGGUAUGAUAAUGAUCUACAUGAUUUCUCAGCCUCUGGCGUGGCCUCUGGGAGGAAGAAGUGAAUUCAUAUGUCUAGUGCGUCAUGACCUCGAGGUUUAUUAAUAGGAAGUAAUGUUUUCCUCCCAGCAACAUGUGAUUUGUGAACCAGCAACCAGGAUUUCUAACUCCUAGUUGUCAUCAGAUUCCAUGUUGGAGCUCCUCACUCUUCUCUGCUCUCAGAGGGGAGUCUUAUGCAUGAGAAGACAAUGGAAGUGUCCCUCAGGAGCUGCAGCUGGCACUUGUUUGGAUAGGCACAUGCCUACCAUGCACUAAGUCCUGGGUUCAACACCCUGUGCCACAUAAAUCAGGUGUGGUGCAGGCCUGACCCAGCACUCCCAGUGGUAGAGGAUCAGAAGUUCAAAGUCACUAUAUAAUCAGUUCAAGGCCAGCCUGAGCUACAUAAUACUAAUCCACACAAAGUGACCCCCUAAAGAAGUUAGUCACCCAUAGCCUUUGCUUAAAGAGAUAAAUACAGGUAAACCAAAGGAUAGGGGACAGUAGUCUCUGGCUUUUAGGUCUCUGGACUCUUCCUGGUGGCUUUUUAAUUGGUUUUGAUGGACUAAGAAAGUCUUUAGAGUGUUUUGUUAACUGUUUUCUCCAUGAAUAAACACUCCAUCUUAAAUUAAAGAUCUGUAUCUGUCUUUGAGAGUGUAUCAAGGAUUCACUUUUUCCUUGUUUUAUUUGCUGUAUUGUUCAUGCUGUUGAAGCCUCAUACUGUUUGUCCCCAAAGUAUUGUGGCUGUCAUAACAGAACACUCCGUGACAGUCACUGUUCUUUUCUGAUGUCGCCAAUUUAAUGCCAUCUCCAUGGGGAGUUUGGAUGUUAAAGGGAAGUUUGGUGUGCCUGUUAGUGAGGGAGACUGGGACUGGCUGGGAAUGACACCACUGCCUGCUGUCUGCAGUGUGUCUCUGCCCUGUCUCCUCCUCCAUUUAUCUGCACUUGAUUAUUGGGUUCAUUUGGUAACUGCGGGUAGAGCAUUUUUUGUAAGGAGCAAAAUUUAAUACAAAUCGUAUAUGUAAGCUGGAUUCUAAAAUUUGUUCAUCCUAGCGAAUUUUUAUGUAACUCACCCCUGGGGAAAUUUUAAGUUUCCCUUGAUGUCCAUUAAAUGUGACCCACCUGAAACCAACAAGCUGCUGUUUAAGACAGACUCUUUAGAUAAAGGCAUUGGCCUGUGUUUAGGAGCAAGUGGAAAUACAUUAGCCAAGGGCAGGGACCUAUCUCCAUCCCAAGCCCUGUAGGGAGCAUGCUCAUUUAAGUUUCAGGCCAACAAACUGCAACCCAGCUCAUUUUGUUGCUGUCUGCAAGCCAUUUCUAAGUGGCUGUGCAUUGUGGGGAAGGGGUCAUAAUAAUAUGCUGACAUGGGGCUGGAGAGAUGGCUCAGAGGUUAAGAGCACUGACUGCUCUUG